AGCAAACGAGGAGACAGAGAGUCUACUCACGGGGCCGCCUACACGACCUCUUUAUCUUCAUCACCAGGGACUUUAUGUAUGUGCUGAUAUUGUGGAUCGAGUAUCAUUCAAUAUCUUUCCAAUGGUUCGUCAAUGUGGAUCAGGCAGAAUGGCCAAACCAUUGGGGAACAGGAACAUGGGGCUAUCAAAAUCUGUAGAAAAGAGAGCCUUGUCGAAGAAGAUGGAGGAUGAUCAAAGGAAGCAGCCAGCUGGUCCAGCCCCUUAUUUUCACAAGGAUUGCAUAAUGAAUAUCCUUAUUUGGCUGCCUCUUGAAUCACUUCCAAGUUCAAGAUUUGUGUGUAAGCCAUGGUACAAUAUAAUUAACAGCCGAACUUUCACCGAUUCACAUUUCCGUCGCUCUGAAUCUGUUUUGAUCUUUCUAGAAUCAGUCUCAAGAGGAAGAUCAUGCCCUUAUUCAAGACCAGACCCUUUUUCUAUGACAUCAAUGCCAGAGGAAGAAGGUAAUACCUUUUCAGUUGAAGCAGCUUUGCUUCAAACGAACUUAAAAACUGUCCCCAUUUUUGGGCCCCAUGUUACUGGCAGCUCAUCAAAAUUCUUUAUCCAGUUCAUGGAAUUUAAAGAAGGAAAGAUCAAGGUAGGGAAGUAUAAUGUUAGCUGCCUGGGAAGCAUUAGAGCUACAUGCAAUGGCCUUAUUUUGCUUGAUAACCAUGUGAAGAAAGGACUGAUAGUCAUGAAUCCUGUGACACGGAAGCUCAUUACACUUCCUCUUGGUACUUUGUGUAAAUAUCAUAAGGAGUCCUAUGGCUUUGCAUUGAAUCAUGUCACCGGAGACUAUAAGUUGGUGCACCUUUUUCGGGAUGAGUUUGAGUAUGUCACCUGUGAGACACUAGAUCUAGCGACAAGAUCAUGGAGGGCAGUGAACGGACCUUCAUGCGGACUAUUUAAUUGGUUCGGGCAUGCACCUGUUUCUGCAAUUGGAGCUCUGCAUUGGCUUCCGCAGCUUGAUAAUAGUGAUUUCAUAGUGUCAAUGGAAGUGGAGAAUGAAAGAUUUCAUUGCAUACCUCUGCCCCACCGUUGUACUACUCAUGACAGGGUUAUGGAGAUGGGUGGUCUCUUAUGUUUUGUCACACAUGAAGACUUGAACAUUGAUAUUUGGAACUUGAAGAGUGUGCAUGAUGGCAUUUGGACAAAGCAAUAUAGAAUCACCAAAGGUAGUUUAAUUGACAUGGUUCCGAUUUUUAGUUUAAGAAUCAGUGGAGAUGUAAUUUUCAGGAGGAAGGAAGAUGGCUCAUUCCAUGCUUAUGACUUUAAAUCUGAAGUGAUGAGGCAGUUUGAGAUGGACAAAGAACGCAACCUAUCAUCUGGCUCAUACCUGCCUCAUGUAAACAGCCUUCUCUCCUGGACACCAAGUCAUCAUGUGUCUGAUUGACCUCCCUGUUGGCUGGUACCAGUAAAGGGAGUGACGAUGACAUAUAUAUCAUCUAAUCAUAUAGCAAUAUAGUUUGUGGGUUACUUCUCCGUUUCUGCGCUUUUAUUUUGUGUAUGCUACUGAUGGAAGAACUAUAUAUAUAUAUAUAUACACACACACACACACACCCUGGGAUGUGAAAUAUGUAGUACUACGUCGAUGAAAUGUAAUUGAGCACUCCUCCUGCAAUCACGUAUCUGUAUGCAAGGGUUUUUUCUUAUUGUAUUUUGCAUUUUCGUUCUCA